GAAGAGGAUACUAUGGAUGGAAACAACAUCGGAUCUGGUGCAAUUAGUGGUCGGUUCACACAAGAUAAAAAGAAAUGCAAACAUCACCCUUUACCAAGCAUGAGUGUUUGGAAUGCCGAUGGUGAAAUUAUACACCAUCCUUCUGUUGAUGUGAAAGUUCAUUGUCAGUUAAUACUGCUGUUUGCAAGGGGGAUAGAAGACAAUGAAGAAGACACAAGAACAUCAUGUGCAUCUUGUAGUAGAAAGUGUUAUUAAUAGUAUUAGCAAUAGCUAUGUUUGAUUUAUCUUUUAUAAGCUGUCACUUUAUUUUUAUCAGGAUUGGAAAUCUAUUGUGAUUAUAAAG